GGGGAGAUGUAUAAAAGGCCCAAAGGUUUCACAGAGCUCUAUCCACCUUCCACUGCUUGACUCGCCUUGUCAACUUGCUUUGCCAGCCGAGCCGAAGGAUGUCCUGCUCCAGCCUGUGUGUCCCCAGCUGCGGGGUGGCCACCCCGGCCCCUCUGGCUGACACCUGCAACGAGCCCUGCGUGCGGCAGUGCCCCGACUCCACGGUGGUCAUCCAGCCCCCGGCCUCGGUGGUCACCUUCCCCGGGCCCAUCCUCAGCUCCUUCCCGCAGCAGAGCGCCGUGGGCUCGGCCGGAGCUCCCUAUGUGGGAGCUGGCUCCGGGGGCGCCUUUGGAAGCCGUGCGGGCUACGGGGCCCUUGGGGGCUAUGGAGGUUAUGGAGGCUGGGGCUAUGGAAGCCGUGGUGGCUACGGGGGUUGGGGCUAUGGAGGCCGUGGAGGCUACGGGGGCUGGGGUUGUGGAGGCUGGGGCUAUGGAGGCCUUGGGGGCUAUGGGGGCUAUGGGAGCUGUGGCUACGGCGGCUGGAGCAGUGGCCACCGCUACCUGAAUGGCAACUGCUGGCCCUGCUAA